AUGGAAUCCAUAUCUAGAAUAUCCAGCUUGCUGGAAAGUGCGAGGGAACUCACGCUCGAUGCUGCGCAAUCUGCGAGGAGCUCUCGAGGAGCAGGGGCUCUGAAGACAUUGCCGCCCCAGCAGAUUAAGAAAUUAUUGGAUAGUAGACAUGAUCGAGAGGUGUUGGAAGGGUUGAGGAAGGUCAUCUCUAUGAUGUACCGUUCCCAACCAUGCCUCACAUUCUUCUCCUCCGUCGUAAAGAACGUCGCAUCUCCGAAUAUUGAGAUCAAAAAGCUGGUUUACAUCUAUCUUCUGAACCACGCGGAACAAGAGCCCGACCUAGCUCUCCUCUCUAUAAACACUAUUCAAAAGUCUCUUUCAGAUGGAAACCCACAAGUCAGAGCCCUGGCACUCAAAACUAUGUCUGGAAUUCGUGUGCCUGUUAUCAGUCAAAUCGUAUCGCUGGCCAUUAAGAAAGGAUUAGGAGAUAUGAGUCCAUAUGUUAGGAAGGCGGCAGCUUUAGCUAUCCCGAAGUGCUAUAGAUUAGAUCCGAAUACUCUCCCGCAGCUACUAGACUACUUAUCGACAUUACUUGGGGACAAACAAUACUAUGUAGCCGGCGCAGCAGUCACUGCAUUUCUGGAAGUAUGUCCCGAUCGCCUAGACCUUAUUCACAAGCAUUAUAGAGGUCUUGUAAAAAAGCUAGUAGACAUGGACGAAUGGUCACAAAUGGCAACACUCCACCUAAUGACCCUCUAUUCUCGCAAAUCUUUCCCCAAGCGCACCCGGCGCGUUCGCAAAACCACCUUCAAAAGCAACGGAAACCAACAAAAUUUCUACGCCGAUUCUGACGCCGAACAAGAAGAAGACACCGAAGGAACCAGCGAAACGGUCCAAGUUCUCGACCCAGAUCUCGAGCUUCUCCUGAAAAGCAUCAGACCUCUUCUUCAAUCCCGCAAUUCUGGUGUCGUGGUAGCUGUAUCCCGCUGCUAUGUGGCUCUCGGAACACCAGACUUUAUAAAUCAUUGUAUUGGUCCUCUUAUUGCUCUAUUACGCGGCCCCUCAGAUAUUCAACACAUAGCACUGUACAACAUCGUCUCCGUGUGCCUCAUGCGCCCCGAGGCUUUCGUAAAAUACGCAUCUCAUUUUCUCGUCCGAUCAACCGAUCUCCCACAGGUAUGGGAACUCAAACUUGAACUACUUACCCUGAUAUUCCCUCAUUGUGAUGCUUACAUGAAGAGCCUAAUACUCAACGAACUGGAACAUUUUUCCCGCGGCUCGGAUCGAGAAUUGGUGAGAGAGUCAGUGAGGGCUAUUGGUCGAUGUGCACAAAGUGAUUCUAGAACAUCGGCAAGAUGUUUACGUUUAUUGUUGAAGCAAAUUACCAGUCUAGAUGGAAACCUAGUCGCAGAGUCACUUACUGUAAUCAGGCAUCUUAUACAACAGGAUCCAACAUCACAUACACAUACCGUCAUUCGCUUAGCCAAAAAUCUAGACACAGCUACAAAUCCCAGGGCUCGAGCUACUAUUAUUUGGCUCGUGGGAGAAUUCGCCGGCCUUGAUGGAGAAAAUAAUAUCGCACCUGAUGUUCUUCGUAUCUUGGCUAAAGGCUUUGCUGAUGAAGCAGAGCCUGCGAAAUUACAAAUUGUUCUUCUAGCUGCUAAAGUAUAUCUACAUCAUUUGAACCGGAAUGCUCCAGAACCAGAACCUCCCAAACCUUUACCAGCUUCUCAACCUUCCCACAAUUACGCCGGAAUCGAGGAAGAAAAUGAAGGAUUCGCAUCCCUUGACUCACCUCCACAAACCUCCUUCUCCCCGCCUCCGGAACCGGAAUCCGAACCUGAUCACCCCAUCGUCAUCCUCUGGAACUACAUCCUCCUUCUUGCCCGUUACGAUACUUCAUACGACCUCCGCGACCGUACGCGUCUCUACAAAUCUCUCCUCGCCAUCCCAUCAUCCACUCAACUUGCAUCGCUCAUGCUUCUUGCUCCUAAGCCCAUCCCACAUACUCCUAGUCCCUCCGAAAGCCGCACUGGCUUUACUCUUGGAAGCGCCAGUCUCGUCGUUGGCGACGAGGGUGGUAUGCAUGGAUUAAAGGGCUAUGAGGCACUACCUCCAUGGGUAGCAGCCGGAUCUGAGCCAGAUCCAUCUUUGCGUGAACCUGAUUCCGCUCGGAAUGAAUAUGAAGAAAAGAAAGUCCUGACUGCAGGACAGAUAUUGGAUAGUGCGGUGAAAGAUUUCAGGCCUGGGGUUUCGCCAUCUAGGACGAAUGGGUUUAAUGCUGGAGGUUCUGGCCCUAGUACAGCUCCAGGGAAGGAGAAAACACUUGAUGACUGGCUAGCCGAGUCGGAAGAAGAGGAAAGUGAUGAUGAAGAAGAUGACGAGGAAGAAUCCGGGGGAACCGAAGAAGAGGAAUCUGGAGAGGAAGAAUCUGAGGAAGAGGAAGAAGAGGAAGAGAGUAGCGAUGAUGAUGAUGAUGGGGAGCGCGAUAGACUCGUCAAAUAA